UCGGCUAGCCUGCGUAUUGUGGGUGCCCCGGCAACCCCCCGAGGACUGACCAUCUGAGCCAGCUUCUUCACUCCACGUCCCGAGUCCCUCAAGAUGUGGCUGGAGUGGCUGGUGGCCUGGAGCUGGUCUCUGGAUGGCCUGAGGGACUGCAUCGCCACUGGCAUCCAGUCUGUGAGGGACUGCGACGGCUCGGCCGUCGUCACUGUGGCCUGCCUGCUGGUUAUGUUUGUGUGGUACUGUUACCACGUGGGCCGCGAGCAGCCUCGACCCCACGUGUCCGUCAACUCCCUCCUGCAGGGAGUGGAUGCCAACGGGCUACAGAACGGGUCCGCGUACUGCCGGUCGCCAGAGUGUGUACGCUGCAUGCACCACGACGGCCUCAACCAGAAGCUUUACCACAACCUGCAGGAGUACGCCAAGCGGUACUCGUGGUCCGGCAUGGGCCGCAUCCACAAGGCCAUCCGGGAGCAGGGCCGCUACCUCAGCAGCCAGCCCUCCAUCCAGAAGCCUGAGGUCUUCUUCCUGCCGGACCUCCCCACUACACCCUACUUCUCCCGGGACGCCCAGAAGCACGACGUGGAGCUGUUGGAGCGGAACUUCCAGGCCAUCCUCUGCGAGUUCGAGACCCUCUACAAGGCUUUCUCUAACUGCAGCCUCCCGCAGGGGUGGAAAGUGAACAGCACCCCCAGCGGGGAGUGGUUCACCUUUGAUUUUGUCAGCCAGGGCGUUUGCGUCCCCAGGAACUGCAGGAAGUGUCCACGGACGUACCGCUUGCUCGGCAGCCUCCGGACCUGUAUUGGAAACAAUGUUUUCGGGAACGCCUGCAUCUCGGUGCUGAGCCCUGGGACUGUGAUCACGGAGCACUACGGACCCACCAACAUCCGCAUCCGAUGCCACCUAGGUCUGAAGACUCCCAGUGGCUGUGAGCUGGUGGUGGGGGGUGAGCCCCAGUGCUGGGCAGAAGGUCGCUGCCUGCUCUUCGACGACUCCUUCCUGCACACUGUAUUCCAUGAAGGUUCCGCUGAGGAUGGCCCACGGGUGGUGUUCAUGGUGGAUCUCUGGCACCCCAACGUGGCAGCUGCCGAACGGCAGGCCCUGGAUUUCAUCUUUGCUCCGGGACGAUGAGGACGUUGCCUGGGCUGGAGCCAGGCUGAGUGGGGGCC